AUGAUUACUCCCUGUAUCGCUCUGUUGGGAUUCUUAGCAGCAGCUGCUGCCCUUCCAGUCCAGCAAUCGUGGCAGCUGGUUCCGAACUCCGACGGUCACCUGCAUCUGGUUAAUAUUAAUCCAUACUAUCUGCCUGAAGCAGAUCCCAGUGAACCGGAGCACCUGUUCAACCCGGCAAGCGAUAUGGAAUUUCGGCUGUUCACCAGAAGCAACCCUACCGCACCGCAGCUGCUGGUCAUUGGUAAUCCUGGCUCAAUUUCAGGAUCCAACUUCAACGCCGCACAUCCAACUCGUUUCACCAUUCACGGCUGGAAUGGCAACGGAAACGAUGGAUCCAAUACGGUGAUUCGUAACAGUCUGCUUUCGGUCGGUGAUUUUAACGUGAUUGCCGUGGACUGGAGUGUGGCCGCCGUUACUCCGAACUACAUUUCAGCCCGCAACGCAGUCGGACCGGCUGGCACUGGAGUCGGACUGCUAAUUAGCGAUCUGAUCGCACAUGCAGGAGCUAACGUCAACAAUAUUUACAUUUCCGGGUUUAGUUUGGGUGGCCACGUCGCUGGUAAUGCAGGAAAACGUCACGGCGGAAAUAUUAAUUCGAUAAUUUCGCUCGACCCGGCUGGACCAUUGUUCUCGGCUGGACAGGAUGAUGCAGUGUCACCCCAGGAUGGGCAGUAUGUAGAAACCAUCAUGACCAACGCCGGAUUGCUGGGUAUAGACAUUCCGAUGGGUCAAGCCAAUUUCUACCCGAACGGAGGACGGUCGCAGCCCGGCUGUGGUGUCGACGUGGGUGGAGGUUGUGCCCACGCUCGGGCACCCGCUUUCUACGCGGAAUCGAUCAGUUCGACGGUACCAUUCCGCUCGACGAGGUGUGCCAAUCACAAUGAGAUCCUGCAGGGUGUCUGUACCCCCAGUGGACCGGAUGCCAACAUGGGCGGAGAACCGUCCAAUCAUGGACGCGGGGUUAACGGUGUUUUCUUCCUGACUACUAAUGCCAAUGCGCCGUUCGCCCAAGGUUGA